CUGGAAUAAAGUUGGACCUGUUUACCCCCACUCUAUAGGGGUUCAAUAUAAAAAGCCAGCGGAGCGCUGUCCAAGUCAGACGCGCUUCUCCAACUGCGCCAGGGCGAGCGCUCCGGGUCCGUGGCUGCCUCUCCGCACCGCGCCGCGUGCGCGCGCUCGCUCGCAGCCGGCUCUCAGCUCUUGCCGCCGGCCCUCCCCGGGCAGAAAGCGCUCUUUCUCCUCUGAGAAGACACUUAGACGGAAGGCUUUUACCCUGUGAUCGCAACAACCACCAGCGCUUGGAGCAAACGGACGCUGUUUUCUUCAUUUUCUUUUGGGUUCAGAGUGUGAUCCUUCUUGAUUUUUUCCCCCAGCAUGGAUUGUUUCUCCAUGAUUUUCCCUCUGCUGUUUCUGGCUGUCCACGGAGCUCCAGACACAGGGGCCUUGGGGACUGAGCUUAGCACUGGAGCACCGAGCAGAGGGGAGAAGCCCCCUCCCAGUGAGCCCUGGCGGCCCCGCAGAUCCAAACGCUGCUCCUGCUCUUCCCUCAUGGAUAAGGAGUGUGUCUACUUCUGCCAUUUGGACAUCAUCUGGGUCAACACUCCUGAGCAUGUUGUUCCCUAUGGACUUGGAAGCCCUUCCAGGUCUAAGCGAUCCUUGAAGGAUUUAUUCCCUAUGAAGGCAGCAGACCACCUGAACAGAUGCCAAUGUGCUAACCAAAAAGACAAGAAGUGCUGGAAUUUUUGCCAAGCAGGAAAAGAACUCAGAGUACAAGACAGUACACAGAAAGACUGGAGUAACCACAAGAAAGGAAAAGGGUGUUCCAAACUGGGAAAGAAGUGUAUCCAUCAGCAGUUGGUAGAAGGAAGAAAAAUGAGAAGGUUGGAGUCCAUCAGCAACAGCAUCAAAGCAUCUUUUCGUGUUGCAAAGUUGAAAGCCCAGCUCUACAGAGAGCAGAGAGUGACCCACAACCGAACACACUGAUGAUAGAUCACCUGCCGGAGGAAGCUGUCACCGCCAUAUAGAGAGCCUGUGGUCAACUCGGCACCGGAUCCAGAUCCAUGCUGGCUGGAAUCAGAGCAAGAGAACAGUCCCUGCUUGCUCUAGACUGGCCAAGGACUAAUAUCCUUGUUCAAAACAUUCCAGAAAGGGUCCAGGAGUUUCCCCUUCCCCCCUGCAACAUGUCUCCAUUUGCUUCCAAUGCUUUUGUCUCUUCUUGCUCUUUGGAAAUGACAAUGGACCUCUCAGAGCACAGAGACACACAAUGACAUUCGAAUUAGGGUGGCACCCUCCAGAGGGAGGAAGGAGAUUCCACACCAGGGUGGAGUUUCUGAAGAAAGUCCUAAGGGAGUGUUUGUGUCUGACUCAGGCGCCUGGCACAUUUCAGGGAGAAACUCCAAAGUCCACGCAAAGAUUUUUCUAAGGAAUGCACAAAUUGAAAACAUACUCGAAGGACAAACAUUUGAGUUUUUUUUUUAAAAAAAAGACAUUUUCGUUUUUAAGUUGUAAAAUACAAAACUGAAAGAGCUUCUUACUACUGUCAAUCGGGAUGUGUUUCAUGAGUCUACCUCACCUGUAAUUGCACUCUGGCAGAAGUUUUCUCACCUUUAGUUAUUGUUUCCUCAAAUGCUUUCUCCUUCUGCCACCCCCCCACUCCCAGCCAGCCCCAUACUAAAUCCUAGUCUGGUAGAAGUCUGGACCAAGGUGUCAGUGGUUGAUAAAAACAUUUUACACUCAUCUACUGGCUCUGAUCCAUAAGAAACAAGAUUAUUGAAUCAGAACGUUCCCUUUUCUUGAGUUUUUGGAAGCGCAAUGGUAAUAAGGUUGUUUAUGAAAGAUACUGACAGUUGGUUAUGCUUUAAAGCAGUAAAGUUAUGUUCUUUUAUGUCACCGGCAAAUGGAAGAGGUUAGAUUGAAUUUUGAUGUACUUAUUUUUUUAUAGAUAUUUAUAUUCAAACAAUUUAUUCCUUAUAUUUACCAUGUUGAAUAUAUGACUGGGCAGGCCAUAUUGGUCUAUGUAUUUUUUUUUAAAGAAUCUAUUUCUGAAUGAAAUUGAGAACAUGCUUUGUUUUGCCUGUCAAGGUAAUGGUGUUAGAAAAUAAA